GUGGGAGUAGACAAUGUCAAUGGCGAGACUGAUAGUGAAUGAAACAUGCCAAGCAUUGUCAUUAUCAUCUUCGGGACGCUAAUUUUGUUGUGGGCGACAAGCAGAUUACUGGCGUGGCUCAUACAAUGGCAAUUGUCCAAACGUCUGAAGAUUGGGGUCAAGAUCGGUAAAGUAGGUUUCUUCAGCCUCAGAAAUGUCCAGAUCAUCUUCAGGAAUGGAUUGUCUGUGGAGAUUGACCAGGUGUGGUUAUCCAGCUGUUAUGUGAAUCAAGAUGUCAGAAAACCUCUGGUGUUGUGUACAGGAGACAUGCGCAUACAGACUGAUGUGGGCAUGUCAUACAGCUCAGAGCCACCAGACCCUGGUGGUGGAAGCCCUGAACAAACAGGGGAGGCAACUCCUGACACACCAAGACAGCCAGGGGAGACAAGUUCUGUGGCCUCUAGACAGAGAAUGUGGCUCAAUUUGAUUACCUACCUUCAGUUCGUUGGCUUUCGAGCAGAGAAUGUCACGGUGAUUUUACUGAAAACAAUGAUGGAGGACUGUUUGAUACACAUGACAGUGCAACAGGUGAACCUGGACAUGAGUCUUCACACAGACAGCUUCCAGGUGUGUGGUAACCUUGUGAGCACCAGUUGCAAAGCACUAAGAGGCUCCACAGGGGAUCAGCUGUCAAAUCAGCCAAGCUGCCUAGCCGAUGCAUCCAUCAGUACGUUUGUGGAUCUCCGGAUUGACCGAGAAGAUGUUCGCAGGAUCAAGGUAUUGGAUGUUUUGGUAAGCAAGCCUCAGAUGAUGAUCACAGAAGGUAUUCUUAACAACCUACACCUUUGGCGCAAGAGGAGGACAAGUCUAAGUGAGAAGAGAAAAGGAUCGUGUGAAGGGAACACAGAUCUACCUCUGUUAUUACCUCGGGAUGUUAGCUUCACUGUAUCAGAGUUAGACAUUAAGAUUGUCAGAGAAACCAAACAAAGGACAUUGUCUGUGGCAUUGAAGCAUUUCCAUGCAGGUCUGCAGUCCUCAGAAACAGGAGAGUUCUCACCUGAUAUCACCGCCUCCCUCAGCAUUACAGAAUUUUUGACCCAGUCUCCUCAAGCCACAUUUGCAUCCCUGAAUAAACUGACGAUCAGGCUACAGACUCAGCCUCAUCGCGUGGAGACAAACACUCAACUCCACCAGAUCUACUUUCACUAUCACCAUGACGAACUCCAGUACUGGGCUAACGUCAUCAAACCUGUCUCAUCAUCAGGGGAGGUAACCCCACAACCGUCUUCAUCUGACGUUUUCACAGGAUCCACGGAUAAACAAGACGCAGGCGGAAAGCCUGAAGGAAUGUCUGGGAUUAUUGGGCGUAAAAUAUCUGCUUACCUGGAAGACAAGAAGGUGUCGUCCGUGGUAGAGGUUGUAGACACUUCCUUCACAGUAUCAUCGGCGUCCUGCUCAGGGUUUAAUGCUGGCGUGUCUCAGACCAAGUUAUCCUGCACAGUCAAGCCGGGUUUGGCAGAUGUGUCUCAUGCCACCUGGCUGAUGUCUCGUGACAUUGCCUGCGAGCUGGAGAUCCAGACGGUGUAUGCUUGUCUCUGUGACUCUCAGGUGGCGCUCUCAGAUCUGACGUACAAGCAACACUACUGGAACUACAUCCUCAAUCUCACCAUAGUCAUCUUUAAGGCAAAGAAACUUGGCAAAGAGCUGAAAUUUGAGGGAAUGGUAGACAACAUCCAAUCAGAAUGGUCCACCGUUGCCUUGAUGACGUUCUUACAGCUGAUUGGUGCUGUGUCAAAGGGGAAACCCGCCCCUGUGGCUGUCUGUCAUCCAUCUCCUCCCAAGAAAGCAAUGGAGAAACCGACGUGGAUUGACAUAAAUCUCCUCACUGUCAACUUCAGCCUGUCAAAUGUUAACAUUUACGUCUGCAAUGAUUAUAAAGCGUGCAUAAUGCUGCGGGUAGACAGUUUGGGCCUGGAGUUACGCCAUCAGCAGUCCGUGGUUCAGAGCUGUGGAAUGAAGCUUGUUUACAUGCAGCAGGCAGGCAAGUCAUGUGUGAUCAGAAAGUCUGUAGACAUGUCAAACCCAGUGAUCCACAUCCUGGAGAUCAGAUUGACCUAUAAACACAGGGAGAAGGAGGCGAAUGUUCAGAUCAUGAGGCGUGUUUUCUGUCUCUGGCACACCAGUUUUCACAUGUGUAUACAACAGUUGAUUCAGGAUCUACAGCAACUGAGGGAAAACCUCACAGGACUAGGCUUGAAGGCUGAUGAAGUAGUAACUCCUAAGCAAGAACACAAGCAGAAGAAUGCCACCGAAGGGGGACAACCCAGUCUGUCAAUCAAUCUCAUUCUCCAUGCUGACACUUAUAUUGGUGCUCAACUCUCCAGUAUUAACAGAGUGGCCAUUAAAACAGAGGACGUGCUGCUGACGGCCACUUUACCCCACCUGUUGACAGAGAUUGAGAGUGUGGAUGUUGUCUUUGAUGACAGGAACAUUUUCUCGUUAAAGGGAGUUUGUGUGUCAACCCUCAAGCCUCAUCAUUUGAAGAAGGAAAGGGAAGCCACUGAGAGUUUGCUGCUGGAAACAAACAAAGCUUGGUGUGUGUCAUUCAACAGAUUUGAAGUGGUAUUCCCUUACCAGUAUGAUUUCGCAGUCUGCUAUGAACAGCUCAUCAGUAUCUGGAAAUGGCUGAAGCUAGUUCACAGGAUGGAGAAGAAGCCAUUCACUGUGACUUCACCUUUACCACCAGAUCUGCAGAUUAAAAUCAAGACUAUGAUGAUACAGCUGAGUGAUGAUCCCUUUGAAGUCAAACUGGGUGAUAACUAUGAAUUGUUAAAAGAUGAGUGGGUGGAAAGUGAGAAGAGGAAGUUAGUGAUGGAUCAGAAAAUACAGAGUCUGCGGAAAACCCAUGCUUUGUUACCAGUGGGUAAAGUCUCCGAGCUGUACACUUCCCUCGCCAAAAAGAGUGCAGAGAUCUACAUCCAGCGCUCGCGGAAACUGUACAACGAAGCGCCAGUCAGGACCAAACUUCUCACCUGGACGCUUGACCACCUGAACAUCAUAGCUCUGGCGGACACAUCCAUACACGGCAAGGAGAAUGUGGUGACGGCCAUGCAGGAUAUAGACUCAGACAGCCCGUAUCCUGAGGAAGGGUUAGAGUUCACGACCUUGUGGUGCCGUAUGGUCAAUGUCAAGGUCAAAAAGUGGCUGUUGUUGUUAAGGGACUACCCCCAGCCAAUGAUGGACAUUUGUGAGGUGAAUGUGUGGGGCAAGCUGAUUGGUGCAGAGCAGGAGGCGGCCAAGAGAGCUAAGCGCUCCUGUACAGUCGAGGUGGCUGAACCAUGGGGAGAUGUCCAGGUGGAGAGAAGCAUGCCUCCCCUCAAGUUCUUCCAUGACUUCAGCUGUGACGUAGCCAGUUUCACAGUGACGUAUGGGGCAGCCUGGGAACCUAGCGUUGCUCACUUUAACCUGGCCCUGGACCUUGUAAACAAGCCUUCUAUUGACCCCAGUCGGCCGAUGCCCUGGUGGGACAAAGGGAGAUUACUCUUCCAUGGCCGCUUGACCAUGUCCCUACAGAAGAUGAGCUGGCUCUACCACGCUUCCCUUGACCCUUUCAACACCACUGAGCUAAUGGACUGGACUUGGUCUAAUCUCAUCCUGGACUGGACCAAUGCCCAGUACUUGCUGAAGGGAGACCUGGAUAUUUAUGCUCGAACGGCUUCCAAAUACGAUGACUGUCGCUUGCUCCAUCUCCCUAACUUGAGAUUCCGUGUAAGGUUGGAGUGGCUUUGUCUGGGGGACCCCAACGAUCAUCACGCUGUCAUGCCAUGUGCACCCGACAAGACGCCAGAAUUCUCACUAGAGGAACAUGAUUCAUUCCGUGCCUUUCGCUCCCAGAAUUUGAAUUUACAUCUGUCAUUAGAAACGAGACCCACAGUGAAAAACCCUAACAACAUACCAGUCUGUCUGUUCUAUGCCAGUACGCUGAGAUUUCUGGAUCAAAUAAAGCUUUGCUUAGGUAAUGUGACGCGACCAAUCAAACGAGGCCCUCUGUUCAACAAUGACAAACCUAAGAAAGUCCAGCUAAGUCGUCAUUACAAACAUGUCACCCUGUCUAUGAAUUUCCCACAAUUCAGCAUCUGUUAUUGGAUGUCUUUUGCCCAUCAACAUGGCGCGGAGCUCUUGGCUGAGUCCUUCACGCUACAGUCAGACUAUGAGCUGAGUCUGGUGCCCAUUGACGACGGACUAAAACACCGACAUCAGGCAAUGUGGAGCAUUCGCAAGCUGAACUGUGAACUGUCAGAGGCAACCGUGUGGCUCUGCAGUUCUCACAGUGAAAGCGAGGAAGAGGUUGAGCUGAAUGUCUCCAUGCGAAAGCCCGUAGACCGAAGUUUCUUCAUCAGCAUAGCCAGGGUGUCUUAUCACCGGGCCGAUGAAUCUGAGCAGGAGAUGGCCGCAGACAAAGGAUAUGAUCAGUUUAUGCCGACUCAUCGUGUUCAGAUUUAUGACAUGAGGGGAGCCUGGAUCAAGAGCAACCGUAACGUCCUUUUCGGCUUGUUUGAUGCAUUCACAAAGGCAAAGUCAUUGAAAAGGAACCUUUCCUCAGAUGCUCUGAAAGGGUUCAAAGUGGACAGCAGUCAACAAAGCAUGAAAAGUCGAGCUUCCUCCACAGCCAGUAACCCAUCCAAUGAUGUGUCUCCGUCUGCAGCCACGCCCAGCCCUCUGACCCGCCUACAGACAAGCCAUGCUCUUUCCAUGUUGCACAGACUUGUAGCGGAGACAGACAGCAAGUCUGUGGCCUUCACAGAAGAGCCCUCAGGCUCUAACAUGGAACAGUUACAUGGAGUAGCAGCUUGUCAGACUGACUCUGUCAUUGGUAAAGACUGGCACAUUGAGAUCCACAACAGCCAGGUGGUACUGAAGGGUGUGGAGACACCAGGGUAUGUGAUUGUAAGCAUGGCAUGUGGUCAGAUCCUUUCCUGCACCCAUCAGCCCAUCUGGAGGAAGGGACAGCUCCGCAGCAAGAAGACCUGGGUGGGAUCUGUCGACUGUAUGCAGUACUAUGCCACAGUGGAUCCUGGUCAUGAGUUUUCCAACAACAACAUGUCAUGGUUGUCCAUGGAGAAUGUAGAGGACCGCUCAGAGCAGGACCUGGAGGGCGUGCCCGAGAUGGUGGGGAGUGGCCUGAGUGUAGGGGGCGUGGUCAGCAGUACCGUGGGGGCAACAGGGGAAGACACGACAGACACAGGAAUUCAGCUACAGAGGGUCAUCUCCAGGUGUAAAGCACAGUUUUUCUACGCCAGUUACGGAGAAGUCAACCCUAUGUCAAUUCCUAAUGUGCCCCUACCACCAUCUGAAGACUCAGAUGUGAUGAUGGAGAGAGAAGAAGGGGUAGACACCUUCACAUUACUGCACCAUGAUCUCAACAUAUCCUCUAACCCGAUGCAAUACAAGAUGAUACUGGACAUAGUCAAUAAUCUUCUGCUGUAUGUGGAGCCCAAACAAAAGGAAGCUGGUGAAAAACUUCAGAGUCUGAAAUUCCAGGUGUUGUUAGCAAGAGAGGAUGAUCAGAAAACACCUAUAUUACUACUCCAAGAGAGAGUCAGAGAACAUGUGCAGAGGUUCCGCAGACUGGAGAAGAACCUGUACAGUGUCCAGAAGGCCAUGGAUGAGAAUCCAGGCAAUCAUACUUUGAAUGAGGAGAUAGAGAAUCUGGAGACAGCUCUGUAUGAAUGUAAGGCUCAGAUGAACGUCCUCAAUGAGGAGCUGACAACCAGGAUCAGUUGUUUUAAAGAUAGUCAGCUCCAGGUGAAGGCCAAACCCAGCGCUGCUGAAGGAACAUCGGAGGAGAGCCAAGUGACACGUAGGAAUGAGGUGUGUUUCAAGUUUGCUAAGUGGAGGUUAACACAGACCGAUGGCCAGUUGGGUAUCGCAGACCUGAGUCUCAGGAACUUUGUGUACACAAAGGUGAAUCGUGACAAUGACAGUUGGAGCCAUCAGUUAGAGCUGGGCUGGGUGAAGAUGGCCAACCUCCUGCCCAACACCAUAUACAAGGAUGUGUUAGUUCCCCUGGACCCCCUAAUGAAGGACGGAGAGAACAGACACCUGACCUUACGAAUACUCUGCAGUGAGAGGCCACCGGUGGGUGGGAUCGCAGUGAAGGAGCAUUUUGAGGUGAAUGUUGUACCCAUGCAGAUUCAGCUGACGUACGAGUUCUUCAAAACAAUGAUGGGUUUCUUCUUCCCCGGCAAGGAGAUAGACACAGACGACGAGGAAUAUGGAGAAGAUAGCUCAGGAAAGAAGAAACAUUCUGAUAAGAAACAUGGCAGUAAAGAGAAAGCGGACAAGAAAGGAACCCUUCCCAAAGUACCAUCGUCCUCCAGUGUAGAUGACAUAGAUAAGAUGAAGGAACGUGCCGCUCAGAACAACACCUUUGUGUAUAUCAAAAUCCCCGAGGUGCCACUGAGGGUCAGCUACAAGGGAGAGAAGGAGAAGAACAUAGAGGAUGUCCAUGAUUUCAGUCUGGUGCUGCCCAUGAUGGAAUAUCACAACUGUAUCUGGACUUGGUUUGACCUGCUCAUAGCUAUGAAGAAUGACAGCAAGCGAGUUCUUAUCUCACAGGCCAUCAAGCAGAAGUUACACAUGCGGUCAAGAGCUGGCGAGGAAGGACCAGUGACCGAUGUCCAGCAAGAAGAAGACAAAGCCAAAAUGUUACUUGGGGCAAAACUUCUGGCUGGACAAGAUAAACCAGCCAAGAAGAGCCUGUUUGGGAAGUUACACAUCCAGAAAUAGAAACAAUUUGAAAAGCUACAUGUGUACUUUCAUUUGUGGUGUGAACACAAACCAGCCAUUUGUUCAUGUGUGCAGUGCUUUUGCCAACAUACGCACUCUGUGUGGAUUAGAAAAGUUACCGCAUUUC